AUGACCACACCCACUAAACGUACGCAGCCCUCAACCAGUUUACAACUGACCAUCAGUGCGAAGGGACUAAAAAAUCGUGAUCUUUUAUCGAAAAGUGAUCCACAAUGUGUACUUUUUCAAAUGGAAGGACGUUUAGCGGGACGCCCCGAAUGGAAAGAACGGGGACGAACCGAGAAAAUUAUGAAUUGCUUGGAUCCAGAAUGGAACAAAAGAUUGGAUAUGGAAUAUCUUUUCGAGGAAAGACAACAACUGAGAUUUGAACUCUUUGAUUUGGAUAGUGAUUCCACAAGUCUCUCUGAGCACGAUUUUUUGGGACGAUUCGAAUGCGAUUUGGCUGAAAUCGUCUCGGCCGUUGAUGGGGUUUUGACUGGAAAUUUAACGGGUCUUAGAGGAAAAUGUGGGACUAUAACAAUCUCAGCUGAUGAAAUGGAAGAUGGUUCUAAAGAAAUUGUGCAAUUUAAUUGUUCGGGCAAGAACCUCGACAAGAAAGAUCUUUUUGGUAAAAGUGAUCCCUUUUUGAAUAUCUACCGGAUACGUGGCGAUGGAAGUCGUCAAUUGGCUCAUCGAACAGAGGUGAUCAAAAAGACGCUGAAUCCCGAUUGGAAGACUUUUGAUGUGAACAGUAAAUUGCUUUGUGGUGGAGAUCGAAAUGCGAAGAUUGUAAUCGAAUGUUUCGAUCAUGACUUCGAUGGCGGCCAUGAUUUCAUCGGAAAUUGUGAGACAACGCUGGAUAGAUUAUUGAGAAAAGAUGAUCGAGAAUUGCCGCUGAUCAACGCGAAGAAACGAGCAAAAAAGGGUGAUAAAUACAAAAAUUCUGGGAUUCUUCAGUUCAAUGCUGUUCAUGUGUACAAAGAGAACUCAUUUCUCGACUUCAUUCAAGGAGGAACUCAACUGGAUUUUGCCGUUGCUAUUGAUUUCACCGCAUCAAAUGGUCCAGUUCAUGAUCCAUCUUCACUUCAUUUUAUCAAUCCUUCUCUUCCCAAUCAAUAUGAGGUGGCUUUGAGAGCUUGUCUUGAUAUUUGCCAACAUUACAAUCAUCGCAAAGUUUUCGAUGCUUUCGGUUUUGGAGCCAAAGUUGGACAUAAUGAUCGUGUUUCACCUGUAUUUAAUUUGAAUUUUCGUGAAAACCCAUCAGUGAUCGGUAUUCAGGGAGUCAUGGAUUCAUAUCGUAAUUCAUUGCAUCAGGUUCAUCUUUAUGGUCCCACAAAUUUCUCUCCUGUCAUUGAAGUUGUGGCUCGACAUGCAGCGAUUUAUCCAAGAGAUGGGAGUAAAUAUCAGGUUCUCCUCAUAAUCACCGAUGGUGCAAUCUCAGAUAUGGCAAAGACGAAAGCAGCCAUCAUUUCGGCUAGUUCACUUCCUUUAUCGAUAAUUAUUGUUGGAGUGGGACAAGAUGAAUUUGAGGCAAUGGAUGAAUUAGAUUCGGACCAAAAGCUUCUUACACAUGCUGGACGUGUUGCUGUUAGAGAUAUUGUACAGUUUGUUCCGAUGAGAAACUUUCUUGGACAAUAUUCUUAUCAAAAUCCGCAUGAACACGAACGAUCAAUGGGAUUGUUAGCAAAAGAGGUCUUGGCAGAGAUUCCCGCUCAAUUGACUGGUUAUAUGAAGAUGAAUAAAAUUCUACCAAGACCAUCAGACAAUCCUUUCCCAAGAGAACCACCUGCAGAGCUUCCUCCACAAGUUGCGCCUAUUCCACAAAAUCCACAAUACCCCCCGGGAAAUACUCCUUAUCCAUCCGGGGCUCAACCAUAUCCUCAACAAUCAUUUGAUGGAUCUAUUCAUGGAUAUCACCAGCAACAACCUCAACAAUAUCCACAACAGCAACAACCUCAACAAUAUCCACAACAGCAAGCAUAUGGGCCACCACCAGCUUAUUCAAUUCAGCAACAGUAUCCCGUACAGUCAAGCCCCUAUCCACCUCAACCUGCUUAUCCAAAUCCCACCGCUCCUCAACAAUAUGGACCUGUAGGAGGACAGGGUUAUCCUGUUUAUCCGCCUCAACAGCAACAACAACCUCCCUAUCCUCAACAAGCAUACAAUCCAAAUGCUCCCCCCGCCGCUGAAGCCGCUGAAGCUUUUCAACAAAUGAACAUAAAUCCU